AUGAACGGCCAGCCAAUACCUGGCUACUUCUGGGACGCAGAGAAGAAGAAAUACUUCAGGAUCCAAAACCAAACCGCAGCUCAGGGAUCAAAUCUCAAAUACUCUUCAGCAAACAUCAAGAAGACAGAAAGAAAAGAGCGCAUCCAGAAUGUCGCACUCGCGCGUUCCAAUAAGCUUAAAAAGGAGCGAGUCAUCAGGCGCAACCCGAACAGCUUUGCUCAGACAAACAUCGAUAGAGAAAUAGGCCUUAGAAGACGGUCACGCUAUAUACAUGGUCUUUGGCCUGACGCAUGCGCAGCCGGUAUUGAACAACGUCCCGAAAAGGUGCUACCUCCAUGUGGACUCCGACUCUUUGCCAAAGACCCAGUACAUCAUACGAUAUACACAGUCCAAGGGCAAAAAUUUACACCGAAAGACUGCUCAGCUAUCUGGGGUGCUGCUGCCAGACCAACGACAUUCACGGCAUCACCAGGUCUCGCAAACAGUGUCGCAGCGACCUGGACCGAGCACCUCGCAGUUGCAGCCUCGAGUUCGAUGCUACUGUUCACUCGCUCACAGGGAGGUGCCUGGGACUCUCAAGCUGUAAUCAAGUCACUUGAAUCUGAUCUUCUGGCCUUGGAGUGGAUAUCGUAUACUACUGUCGCGCUCGGCUGUCGAGACGGAACUAUCCGACUAUACGACACAAGAUCAGGGGGCUCAAGUCACGUCUUGACACAUCCAGCGCCCAUCUCAAAGCUCAAGCGUGCCGACGACGAGACUAGAUUGAUAUGCUCGGGGCUCAACGACACGCUUUUCCUAUACGACAUUCGCGCACCCCGCUUAUCUCGAAACUCAUCGCGAAAGACGUUCAAUUACGACAACCAUCACUACAAUGAAGAGUACUUCAAGACCUUGUAUCCGACUCAUCGUGAUAGUCACAAACGCCGCAAGCUCAACCACAAAGCUUUCAAAAAUUGGUCGCAGCCAGUCAUGACUUUCGCCCACCUAAACAGAGACGAGCUGGAACUGGACAUCGAUGUACAUCCAAGACUCGGACUCUUAGCGGCAGCCCAAGACACAACGGAAGGCACAGUGAUCCGUAUUAGCAACAUCUGGACGGGUAAAUCUGUCAAGGAGAUUGAUCCAGGAAGCACGCGGCAGGCGAAAAUCCGCGCACUCAAAUUCGUUGAAAGCGGUUUUGACGGCAAUGUCGACCUUUGGUCGUGUUGGGGUGGUGGGAUUGCGAAAUUUGGGUGGUCACACAGUAGGGGUCUUUAG